CUGACGCCGCGGCCCCGCCAAUCCGCUACGGCCGGGCCGGGCCCGGCACCGCCCCCGGCGGCUCCCACAGGGACGGGCCGGAGCGGCCGCCGCCGCCGCCGCGGGUGCCCGGGCUGAGUCAGCGCCCCCGCCCAAGAUGAACAUCAUGGAUUUCAAUGUGAAGAAGCUGGCGGCUGACGCGGGCACCUUCCUGAGCCGCGCCGUGCAGUUCACAGAAGAAAAGCUUGGUCAGGCGGAGAAGACUGAACUGGAUGCUCAUCUGGAGAACCUUCUCAGCAAAGCAGAAUGCACUAAAUUAUGGACAGAAAAAAUAAUGAAGCAAACAGAAGUAUUAUUGCAGCCAAAUCCAAAUGCCAGAAUAGAAGAAUUUGUGUAUGAGAAGCUGGACCGCAAAGCACCAAGUCGCAUGAAUAACCCAGAGUUACUAGGCCAGUAUAUGAUUGAUGCUGGGAAUGAAUUUGGCCCAGGAACAGCCUAUGGAAAUGCACUCAUUAAAUGUGGAGAAACACAAAAGCGAAUUGGGGCAGCAGACAGAGAACUCAUUCAAACUUCUGCUAUAAACUUUCUCACUCCCCUAAGAAACUUUAUUGAAGGAGACUACAAAACUAUUACUAAAGAACGUAAACUGUUACAAAAUAAAAGACUGGAUUUGGAUGCUGCAAAAACCAGACUGAAGAAGGCAAAAGUUGCAGAAGCUCGAGCUGCAUCUGAACAGGAGGUGCGAAUUACUCAGAGUGAAUUUGACCGUCAGGCAGAGAUUACCAGACUGCUGCUGGAAGGAAUCAGCAGCACACAUGCACAUCAUCUCCGCUGUCUGAAUGACUUUGUGGAAGCUCAGAUGACCUAUUAUGCACAAUGUUACCAAUAUAUGUUGGAUCUUCAGAAGCAACUUGGAAGCUUUCCAUCUACUUUCCUCUCUAAUAACAAUCAGUCUUCCACAACUCCUGUGCAGAGUGUUUCUUCUCCCUCAGUCUUGGCCUCAGCCUCUGCUUCAUUGCCUUCAGUAAGCAAUUCAAUGGUUACUUCAGGCCUCAGUGAACUGAAGUCAUCAAGUGGCAGCAGAAAAGCAAGAGUUCUCUAUGAUUAUGAUGCUGCAAACAGCAGUGAAUUAUCUCUACUUGCAGAUGAGGUGAUAACAGUGUACAGUAUCCCUGGCAUGGAUUCAGACUGGCUGAUGGGUGAAAGGGGAAAUCAGAAAGGCAAAGUGCCUAUUACUUAUUUAGAACUGCUAAACUAAAUGGUUGGCCUGAAUAGAGACUGUCAAUUAUGGCAACACCAUAUUUAUAUACAAUUAACGUUAUGUAAGCAGGUUUAUGUGUCUUCCAUGUUAUUGUCUUGAGGGACAAAUACCAGCCAUUAAAAACUGGCUUUUCUGCCAGCAUGGUUGCACGGUCAAUACUCUAUUCAAACUUAAUGUGUUUAAAGCUUUUACUUCAUGUGCCAAGAACGUUUCCUACAGAUUUGUUUCUACUGAAGUUUUCACUAAUACAAGCUUCUACUUUUGAGUAAUCUAGAUUGAAAGCAGGAGGUACUGUUUUCUAUUGAAAUUUUUCAUUAAUGGCAAAGCUUUUCUUCACAUAAAAUAAACUUAUUGUGAACUGA